AUGGUGGUCAUCAGUGACGAAGAUGCUCUCUCGGCUAGGGUCAUCACGAUGGAAACCGCCUUCUGGACUGCCGUGAAAUCAGGGCAGAUCCCCGGGGCGGUCAUCAUGGCUCGAGAUUUCAGCGGCACUCUGAAGUAUACGCGCUGCUUCGGGGCGCGGACUGUGGUCCGCGAUGAGUGCAAUCGGCUGCCCCCUUUCCAGCCCGCUACCCUCUGCCGGCUGGCGAGUGCUACCAAGCUGCUGACCACGAUUAUGGCGCUACAAUGCGUGGAGCGCGGUCUCGUGACCUUGGAUAGGACAGUGAAUCGCCUGCUUCCGGACUUGAAUGCAAUAAAGGUGCUAGAACAGUUUAACGCUGUUGGUGGAUUACGACGAAAGAAAGGAACGAUUAAGAAUGAGUUAAUUGACUAA